UGCCGGCAGCCCCCGGGCAGCGUUCAGAGCUCCUGCCCGGGCGGGCGCGCGGCGGCGGCGGCAGAGGCGGCACAGCCUGAGCGGGGAUGUAGAGGCGGCGGCACUGGCGGCAGCAGAGGCGGCGGCGGCGGCGAGAGCAGGCGCCCGAGUCGAGCGAGAAGAGCGGCGAACCUUGCCCCCCGAAGCCGAGCCCGGCGUCCCAGCCCUGCCCAGCCCGCGCCCAGCCAUGCGCGCCGCCUGCUGAGUCCGGGCGCCUCACGCUGCGCCCUCCGCCCGCCGCGCCGCGCUUCGCUUGGGGGUGAUUAGUUGCUUUUUGUUGUUUUUUAAUUUGGGCCGCGGGGAGGGGGAGGAGGGGCAGGUGCUGUAGGCUCCCCCCCCUCCCCGCCUCGGGCCAGCCGCGGCGGCGUGACUCCGGCUCUGGACCCGGGCACGGCGGGCGGCGCGGCUGGAGCGAAGCGCACCGCGGCGGCGGUGCCCAGAGCGGAGCGCAGCUCCCCGCCCCGCCCCUCCCCCUCGGCCUCGCGGCGGCGGCGGCGGUGGCGGCUUGGACGACUAAGAGAGCCGGACUUGCCAGAGCCUUGAGAUUAGGAAUCUCCAAAUAAAGAUCCAGCGGCAGCUUCCCAGACGUUUUGGUCUACACCUUCAAGCUUUCAGAGGCUGUUCUGACCCCUCUUCUCUGUAGAGUGAAGAUAGUUUCACGUGGACACCUGACCAUGUGCCUGCCCUGAGCUGCGAGGCCCACCAGGCAUCUUUGUUGCGGGCAGCAGGGCCCAGCGUUCAUCUGUGGACACCCCACGGUUGGCAGGUUCUCCCAGCAGUGGGGUCUGGGCCUCGACCCCACCAUGUCGAGCCUCGGCAGUGGCCCGCAGGACACUGGCGGCAGUAGCAGCAGCAAUGCCAAUGGCAGCAGUGGCAGUGGCCCAAAGGCGGGAGCAGCUGACAAGAGUGCAGCGGUGGCCGCAACUACGCCAGCUUCAGUGGCGGAUGACGCACCGCCCCCCGAGCGUCGGAACAAGAGCGGCAUUAUCAGUGAACCCCUCAAUAAGAGCCUGCGUCGCUCCCGCCCUCUCUCCCACUACUCUUCCUUUGGGGGCAGUGGGGGCAGUGGCGGUGGCACCAUGAUGGGCGGGGAGUCUGCUGAAAAGGCUGCUGCGGCCGCAGCUGCUGCCUCCCUGUUGGCCAAUGGGCACGACCUGGCGGCAGCCAUGGCUGUGGACAAAAGCAACCCUACCUCAAAGCACAAAAGUGGUGCUGUGGCCAGCCUGCUGAGCAAGGCGGAGCGGGCCACGGAGCUGGCAGCCGAGGGACAGCUGACGCUGCAGCAGUUUGCGCAGUCCACGGAGAUGCUGAAGCGCGUGGUGCAGGAGCACCUGCCGCUGAUGAGUGAGGCGGCCGCUGGCCUGCCCGACAUGGAGGCUGUGGCGGGCGCUGAAGCCCUCAAUGGCCAGUCCGACUUCCCCUACCUGGGCGCCUUCCCCAUCAACCCAGGCCUCUUCAUCAUGACCCCGGCAGGCGUGUUCCUGGCCGAGAGUGCGCUGCACAUGGCCGGCCUGGCCGAGUACCCCAUGCAGGGAGAGCUGGCCUCCGCCAUCAGCUCGGGCAAGAAGAAGCGGAAACGCUGCGGCAUGUGUGCGCCCUGCCGGCGGCGCAUCAACUGCGAGCAGUGCAGCAGUUGUAGGAACCGAAAGACUGGCCAUCAGAUUUGCAAAUUCAGAAAAUGUGAGGAACUCAAAAAGAAGCCUUCCGCUGCUCUGGAGAAGGUGAUGCUUCCGACGGGAGCCGCCUUCCGGUGGUUUCAGUGACGGCGGCGGGAACCCAAAGCUGCCCUCUCCGUGCAAUGUCACUGCUCGUGUGGUCUCCGGCAAGGGAUUCGGGCGAAGACAAACGGAUGCACCCGUCUUUAGAACCAAAAAUAUUCUCUCACAGAUUUCAUUCCUGUUUUUAUAUAUAUUUUUGUUGUUGUCGUUUUAACAUCUCCACGUCCCUAGUAUAAAAAGAAAAAGAAAAGAAAAAAAACAUUUAACUGCUUUUUCGGAAGAACAACGACAAAAAAGAGGUAAAGACGAAUCUAUAAAGUACCGAGACUUCCUGGGCAAAGAAUGGACAAUCAGUUUCCUUCCUGUGUCGAUGUCGAUGUUGUCUGUGCAGGAGAUGCAGUUUUUGUGUAGAGAAUGUAAAUUUUCUGUAACCUUUUGAAAUCUAGUUACUAAUAAGCACUACUGUAAUUUAGCACAGUUUAACUCCACCCUCAUUUAAACUUCCUUUGAUUCUUUCCGACCAUGAAAUAGUGCAUAGUUUGCCUGGAGAAUCCACUCAUGUUUAUAAAGAGAAUGUUGACGGCGCCGUGUCAAAGCCCCUCUGUAUCCGUCCACGCGGGCAGAGCCACCGCGAGGAGGUCACAGAGAGGGAGGGAGCAGCCCACCCACCCCCAUGCCCAGGCCAGCCAUGCUGCACCCGUGGUCCCCAAAAUGGGACCCCCACCCCAACAGUGAUGAUUUUGCAAAAAUGAGAGCUCUGUUUAUCCAUUGAGAUCUGGGGAGCCCAUGUCUCGAUAUUUCCGAUCCUGGUUAUUUCCCUUAGAGAAAAUAAGUCCUUUUUUUUCUGGCCUUGCUGAUGGUGACAGAAGAAAGGGCUUCUUUGCGUGGCCCCCUGCCAGUGGGGGUGGGUGCCCAGGGGGCCCCCUGUGGCCUGGGCCCCCUUGCCCAUGGCCAGCUUCCUGCUGAUGAACAUGCUGUUUGUAUUGUUUUAGGAAACCAGGCUGUUUUGUGAAUAAAACUAAUGCAUGUUUGUGUCAC